AUGGCUGAACAAGACCGCUACAACUCCCAUCUGGGGGUAAACACAGACAAGAUACCUACACCAAGCAUGCCCGCGACUUCGGGCGCGGAACAGGACCGCUUCGGUGGCUGGUUCUCCGGAAAGGGAGACAAGGCCACUGAAGCCGUCAAGGAGAACUUCCCUCGCGGCCCUGGAGCCGAGCAGGAGCGUUACGGCGGCUGGUUCGGCGGCGACAAGCUGCCCUCUUCCGAGAAGCUCGGCGAGCGGUUGCCUCACGUCUCCGGUGCCGAACAGGACCGUUACAACUCCCACUUUGGCGGCGACAGGCUCCCUUCUCUUGAUAAGUUGGGCGAUCGGUUACCGCAUGUCUCUGGAGCAGAGCAAGACAGGUACAACCGCUGGUUUGGCGGCGACAAGGGCCCGAGCGGUUCUUCCCUCAAGGACCACCUCCCUAACACUUCUGGUGCCGAGCAGGACCGGUAUGGAAGAUGGUUGGGAGGAAAGGGUGAGGAGGUUGCGGAGAAGAUAGAACACAGCCUUCCCAAGACCUCUGGUGCUGAACAGGACCGAUAUGGCGGGUGGUUUGGAGGUGACAAGUUGCCUUCUGCCUCUCAGGUGAAGAACGCCGUCCCCAAUGCAUCCGGAGCUGAGCAAGAUCGAUACGGAGCUCGGUUCGGAGGCAAGGCUCCCUCUGCUGAGGGCAUCUCCAGGAGGUUGCCGAGGACGUCGGGUGCCGAGCAGGACCGCUAUGGCACUCACUUCAGCCUGCACCCAACCAACCCCGUCAACAGUGCUACCACCACAACGGUCGGUCUGUUGCAGAACGCCCUCCUUCCCUCCUUUACACUCCAUGCUGGUCUCAGCACCGUCGCCUACGCCGUCGGCCGCUACACCAACCGAGCCGAGGCCAAGGAUUGGCUUUGGCCUUCUGGCCAAGUUGCCAACGCCUGGUGGACGGCCAUUGGAACUCGUGUAGUUUACGAUGGUCUUUCCGUCCCUUCUGCAUGGAACUCUCUCGGAUACUCUCAGAAGCUUCUUCUCACUGGUGUCAGCGCCUGGGGCCUGCGUCUCUUCUACCGCGUUGCGACCCGCAGCGUCAAGCGCGGCAAGGAUGACGCUCGGUACGUGGAGGCCAAGAAGAAGGACCCCAAGUUCUGGGACAAGGCCUUCUUCACCAUGUUCCUGCCCGAGGCUGCCUUCCAGGCCAUCAUUGCCCUGCCGUUCACGCUCCCCUUCCAGGCUCCUCUGACCAGCGCGCGCGCAUCGCCGUUCACCGAGUACCCCGAGAUCUUCCACAGCUUGGCUGUCUUCCUCUUCAGCUCCGGCCUCGCCCUCGAGACUUUGGCUGACAGCCAGCUCGAGUCCCACACUCGCAAGAGCAAGGACCUGAACCGCGAGGGAGUCUGGAGCAUCGUCCGCCACCCCAACUACCUGGGAGACGCCCUCUGCCACCUCUCUUUCCCCGUCCUCCUUUACAGCGCCGGUAUGCUGCACCCCCUCGCCGCCCUUGGUCCCAUCUUCAACUACAUCCUCCUCCGUUACCUCGGUGGCGACAAGGAGAACGAGGCUAGCCAGGAAGAGCGUUACGCCAAGGAGAACCCGCUCAAGUUCCAGCAGUUGCAGGAGUACAAGCGUACCAAGAACAGCUUCUGGCCGAGCUUCAGCGAGUACAACAACAAGUGGGUGUGGACUGUUGCCGCGGCUGGUGCCGUUGGCGUUGCCGUCGAGAGGGGUUUGCUCGCGUUGUUCAACAACUAA